AUGGUGGGAAGAACCUCAGUCGAUCCAUCUGCAGAGAAGGUACCUGUAAUUGUGGACAGUUUCUCUCUCCGACCAAAGAAACUACAGCCGGGAAUGGCCGUUGGACUGUGCCAAGAGGUCGAACAGGAGCAGCAACCCAGGAUCUGCAUGAGGAGCGUGGUCAAACAGAAAAAUGGAGACCUAGACCUGGGUUGUACAGACCUAGUACAGCAUCACAUCGAUACUGGGGAUCACCGCCCGAUCAAGCAGCCGCCUCGGAGGAUAGCACCAGCUCGUCGCCAGGAAAUGGAGAAAGCGGCAGGGGGCUUUAUUCACCAAGGUCUGGUCGAAAAGUUCCAUAGUCCGUGGGCGUCAGGAGUCGUCCUAGUGAGGAAGAAGGAUAGCUCAAUUUGGUGCUGUGUGGACUACCGCGCCCUCAAUGACGUGACGGUUAAGUAA